AUGUCGGGUGAUCUUAAUGACUGUUGGCACUGGGAUAGAUGUUGCAUCAUCCAUCACCUUUUAAGAUUCUAUGUGGACAAGGUCUUCAAACACUGUGAGACUGAGGAUUCUCAUGUCAACCGGAAAAUCAGCAGCAUAGCCAAUUCUUUCCUCAGCAUCAAGAAGAAAUUCAGAAAAUGUAAUGAACAAAAUGCGUGCAAUUGUGGAGAGGAAGCAAUAGAGAAAUAUAAACAAAUUCUCACCAAUUAUGGACAGCUGAACAUUGCUUCUGCAGCAAUGAAAUCCCUUGGGGAGCUGGAUAUCCUCCUAGACUGGAUGGAGAAGGCUCAUUAGAGAACAGAAUACAAUAACCAACAUGCAACUUUUAAAGGUGCUUUAAAGUUGUGCAGCUGCCAUGGUGAUGAGUGUGCAAUAAGGUCUUAAUCCAGCUUUCUUUGGGGGUCUUCCCAUUGACCUGAAUUGGCAACGUAAAUGUUUAGACAUUGUCUUGUGUAAAGAAGCAAUUAUUUCAAGCUCACGUGUGGUUUUUCAAAUCACAGCACUUAUAUUCCUGA